UGAGAAAACGGUUCACAUCAAGCGCGUUCACACGACACUCGGCAGUCUGGUAACUAUGAACAUGGGAUUGAGGGACGAGCUCCUCAAGGCAAUAUGGCAUGCGUUCACAGCACUGGAUGUGGAUAAAAGUGGAAAAGUAUCUAAAUCACAGUUAAAGGUGCUUUCUCAUAACCUCUGCACAGUGAUGAAGAUCCCUCAUGAUCCUGUGGCUCUAGAGGAACACUUUAGGGAUGAUGAUGAAGGUCCUGUUUCCAAUCAGGGAUACAUGCCCUACCUGAACAGAUUCAUUCUGGAUAAGGUCCAGGACAACUUCGAUCGAAUGGACUUUAACAAGAUGUGCUGGACUCUCUCUGCCAGAAAGAACCUCAACAGAAACCACCUGCUUAUCUCCGAUGAUGACGCUUUUAAGAUCUGGUGCAUUUUUAACUUCCUGUCUGAGGAGAGAUAUCCAUUGGUCAUGGUCACAGAAGAGAUAGAGUAUUUCCUUCGUAAGCUUACAGAGGCCAUGGGCGGCAGCUGGAUUGAGGAGAAGUUUGAAGAAUACAAGGUGCAGCUAAGCAACAAACAGUGUCUAAGCGUAUGGCAACUGAUUGAACUGGUGGGCAAGGGUCACUUUAGUAAAGGCAUGGACCGCCAGACCCUUUCCAUGGGCAUCAAUGAAGUGUUCCAGGAACUUAUUCUGGAUAUGCUCAAACAGGGCUACAUGUUGAAGAAGGGCCAUAGAAGGAAGAACUGGACAGAACGAUGGUUCCUCUUGAAACCCAGCAUGAUUUCAUACUAUGUUAGCGAAGAUCUUACAGAGAAGAAAGGAGACAUACUACUAGAUGGAAACUGUUGUGUUGAGUCUUUACCGGAUAAGGAAGGGAAGAAGUGUCUUUUCUACAUCAAGUGUUCAGACAAAAGCUUUGAGAUCAGUGCCUCAGAUAAGAAGAAAAAACAAGAGUGGAUUCAAGCUAUUCAGACUUGUAUCACGCUACUAAAGGUGGGACGUCCAGCUCCCCAUCAUGAGGCGCGACAAAAACGACGCGAGAUGCGGCAAAAGCAACAGGCCGAACAGGAGGAGCUUGAGCUGAGGAUGCGAGAACUGCAAACAGCCAAUGAAAACAAACAGAGAGAGCUGGAGGCCUUGAGGAAGAAACUGGAGGAUGCUGCAACGAAUGCAGCAGAAGAGGAGCACAGACGUCUGCAGACCCAGAACGAGCUGCAGGAUCUUUACAGGGGCGAAAUGGAGAAAGAGAAAAUGGUUCGCCAGCAAAUGGAAGAACAGGUGGCUCAAAAGUCCAGUGAGUUAGAGCAAUACCUGCAGCGCGUGCGUGAACUGGAGACUAUGUUCCACAGCUUAGAGGAAGCACUAGAGGAGGAAAAACAGGCCAGGCAAGACGAGGAAAUUGUCAGAAAACUCCAAGCCAGGCUUUUAGAGGAGGAGGUAUCUAAGCGUGCAGAGCUGGAGCAAAUACACUUGUAUCAACAACAGACCAUUUCUCAGACCCAGGCAGAGAAGCAAGAACUGGAACGAGAAAGACUGGCAAAGGAGAGCGCGCUGCAGGCUGCCAUGCACCAACUGCAGCAGCUAGAGGCUGACAGGCAGGGUGCACUGGAGCAAUAUGAGGAGGUGAUGAAGAAACUUGCAGAUGCUGCGAAUAAUACAAAGAGCUGGAAGGACAAGGUGGCCCAGCAUGAGGGUCUCAUACGGCUCAUUCAGCCAGGCCCUAAAUUCCCUCAGAAGAUCACUAAUUGGGGACCCGCGUCAUUCACAGAUACAGAACUGAGCUUGAGAGAGAAAGACUGGCAGGAAAAGAAAAGCAAGUCUGCCUCCACCCAGUAGUGCCCUCCAAGUGCCCCGUUAAAGCCACAAUAUGUAAGAUUUUUGUAUUAAAAUAUCCAAAAACCACUUGCACAGUUUUAAUAUUUAAUGCACUCAUGUACUUACAUUAUCCCAAAAGUUCCCAAAUGGUUGCAUUUUAAGUGGCUUAAUAUCUGCGUUAUCCUCAGUUUCUGGUUGUGGAAACACAACACGACUGGACACGGAAGUGGCGGAUAUACAACAUCUAACACACAAUAUAAUUCCAGGGUUCCCACGGGUCCUUGAAAUCCUUGAAAGUUUGUGAAUCUGGGGGAUUUUUUUAUAUAGUUGUGUUAGACACAUGAAAACGUCUCUGGUUACCUAUGUAACUGUUGUUCCCUGCAUCUCCCUUGCCAUACUUCCUGCGUCCCUGUUACGCCGCCUUUGGCAAUAUUUCACAUAGCGAUAUACUUCCUGUCUCCCGCGUCACCCUGUCUUUGUCGUUAAGACUCACCAUUGAAUUUGAUAUACACAUUCAGACGCACUUACCCCUGGAGGCGUCCCCAAAGUGUCACUGCAGUGACGCAGCGCGAGUUCCCUCGAAAGGGAACUGUAACAAUGCAUCUUAAAAGGUAACACGAUGAAACCUUGCUCUCACUUGAAAUGUUUCCACAUUUAGUCCUUGAAUUUGAGGGUAUAUUGGACCUGGAAAGUCAUUGAAA